GACAAGAUGGCAACGGCAUUAGACUUAAGUAGCUCAGACAUUCAACAGCUGUGUCUCAGAUAUCUGCAAGGAAAUGCUCAACCUUCGAGCUUUGAAAUUGUUGAUUCUAAUUUGAAACGCACUUCAGAUGCUCCCGAAGGCUAUCUAGGAAAUCAUUUUCACCUGCAGGUGACGCUAAAGCUGCAGCAGAGUGACGAAUUAAAAAAGAUACGUUUCUUUUGCAAAGCUGCACCGGAAGGAAAUGCAUCGAGGAUGGAAUAUAUUGAGGACUUUGGUGUCUUUCAAAGGGAGAUUACGGCCUACAAACAUGUGCUGCCUGAUUUGCAAGCAGCGUGUGCUGAAAUCGCUCCAAAGUGCUAUUAUGGAGAUAAGAAUUUGCUCAUCUUUGAGAACCUUAUUGAUCAGGGAUAUCGCAUGGGAGCUGGACGAGAUGGAUUACUCAACUAUGAGCAGCUUCAUUGUGCCUUGAAGACAUUGGCUGCUUUGCAUGCUGGUUCGAUUAUAAUGCAUCUGCAAGGUAACGAAAGAAUUCCGCUGGAGGAGCAUGCGUAUCCCUCGAAUGUACGCAAGGAACACAUGCGUAUACGUUAUUUUUAUCAGACUUGCGAGGUCUUCAAAGAGCUUAUUAAAACCUUACCCAAAUACGAGAGCCAAUUGGACUACAUAUUGAGUGAAGUUACUCAACGCAUGGCCAUCAUCUUUGAACUUUGUAAAGCGUCGAAAACACGUCUCAAUGUCACGCUGCAUGGCGACCUCUGGGCGAAUAAUAUACUCUUCCAGUAUGACAAAUAUGAUGAGAAGCCGCUGCAGUGCCGCUUCGUGGAUUUUCAGCUGCUACGCUAUGCUCCACCUGCCAUGGAUUUGCCCACAAUGCUGACCAUUCCAACAACGCGACAAUUUCGAGCUGCUCAUCUCAACGAAUUACUGGCGGAAUAUUAUCGCUUCAUGAAAGAGUAUCUCAAAGAAGCGAACUUAAAUAUUGCCAACAUUCUGCCCGAGGCUGAGUACUACGAUUCGAUGGAAGAGUAUCGCAUAGUCGGUAUCAUUGAGAGCUUGCAGUUCAGCCAUUUGGCUAUGUUGCCACCAGCUUGCACUCAAGAAUUGACCAGCUCGGAAGAUGGAUUCAAUGAUUUCUUCAGUCACAAACGUAUUGAAAUUUGCAUGAAAGCUUUCAAAUCGGACGAACUAUAUAGAAAUCGGAUGACAGAUAUGCUGGAGGACUUUGUGGAUAAUUAUGUUUUAAAGCCAACGAAAUAAUAAAUAGC